AUGGCAACAUACACCUCAGUCAUGCGGUUCAUCGAACCGUGGUCCCAGAACAAGGGAGUACCCUUCAUCAGGACCAAUGCCCCCCCGGGAUACGACUACAUGAACUUCGAAUGGGUCGACUGUCCAGUUCAGAUUACGGAUGCACGGCCGACAAAGGACAGCUUCACCCUUGACCAGCAUGGAUUCGCCUACAGGGACGACCCGGAAAGCGCAACGCCGGAGAUACUGCAGCUUCUCCGCGACAACAACGACGCAGAGAAAAUCCGCAAGGUGUACUAUUCCCACAUCGAGCAGCUCGUCAAGAGGGAGACGGGUGCCUCCCGGGUGAUCAUCUUUGACCAUACCUCUCGCAAACGACGUCCGGAAUUGGGCACUUAUGAGAACCCGACAGGAAAGGAGCAACCAGCAACGAUGGUGCGCGGACAUAGAUCGACAAAAGGCGCUCUCCGCCGAUUGCAGCAGAACGUCCCCGAUCAUAUCGAGGUCCUCAAGAACCGGGUGAUUAUGAUCAAUAUCUGGCGCCCUCUCCGCGGCCCCGUACGGGAUUGGCCCCUCGCCACGAUGGACUAUCGCACUUGUGAUCGAAACCUGAUCUAUCCGACGGAUUUGCUUGACAAAGCCGACGACUAUCGCGGCCAGACCGUCACGUUUGGCCACGCGGAUGAGCAGCGGUGGUACUACUUGGACCAUCAACGGACGGAUGAGGUGACCAUGAUUAAGAUCUGGGAUAAUCAGGAGGGAGUUGAAGCUAAGCUGUGCCCUCAUGCCGCGUUCAAGCACCCAGAAACGCCUGCAGACGCGCCUCCCCGCGAAAGCAUCGAGGUGCGGUGCUUUGCUCUGUUUGACGAAGCAGCAGAUGGAUGCCGACACGUGUAA